AUGAUUCCACAGUCUUCUCCUUGUUCUAGUUUCGAUUUCCUCUCUAGCGCUAACGUGUCGCGCCGUGUAUUUUGUCCAUGCUCCAAUGAGCACGGCCUGAUUGUGUUCCGGGAUGGGUUCGCGAGGAGGCGGAUUCUCCGUCGGAAGACAAGAAUUCAGGUGGCCAAUGCGAGCUCGAGGUUUGUUUUCAGCCGAAUUCGCGCGGAUUCGAAGAAUAUAGGAGUAUCGGAUUCGGCGAGAAGGGUUGCGAGAAGCCUUGUGGUUGCUCGGUUUUCGAAUGAAUUCGAAGAAUCUUCGCAGGAGUCUGCAAUUCAGAGUGACCAAAACAAUUUCACUAGCUUUAGAGAAGACCCGAUCGUGGAUAAGCUCAGGACUCAGCUUGGUGUAAUCCACCCAAUCCCGUCGCCACCAAUUAGUCGUGAUGCGAUUGGUCUAUUUGCCUUCUUCUUCUUUGUUGGUGUUGUGUGCGACAAGCUGUGGACGUGGAGGAAGAGGCGGAGACAAACGGGCGAUGACGGAGGCCAACGAGGAGCCGGGCCGUGGCCACAGGUUCCCAUCUCGCUGUCACUCGAGAAAGACUUGCAAAGGAAAGAGUCUGUGGAGUGGGUGAACAUGGUGUUGGUGAAGCUCUGGAAAGUUUAUAGAGGUGGGAUUGAGAAUUGGCUUAUUGGAUUGUUGCAACCGGUGAUUGAUGACCUGAAGAAGCCAGAUUAUGUGAAGAGGGUUGAGAUUAAACAGUUCUCUCUUGGGGAUGAGCCCUUGUCUGUUAGGAAUGUUGAGAGGAGGACAUCUCGCCGCGUCAAUGACUUGCAGUACCAGAUUGGUAUUCGGUAUACAGGUGGUGCACGCAUGUUGUUAAUGCUCUCUUUAAAAUUUGGUAUCAUCCCAGUAGUUGUGCCAGUCGGUAUUCGGAAUUUUGACAUUGACAGUGAGCUUUGGGUCAAAUUAAGAUUAAUACCAACAGAGCCUUGGGUUGGAGCUGCAUCAUGGGCUUUUGUAUCACUUCCAAAGAUCAAAUUUGAGCUGGCACCAUUCCGAUUGUUUAAUCUAAUGGGAAUUCCUGUUCUAUCAAUGUUCUUGACCAAACUGCUGACAGAAGAUUUGCCUCGAUUAUUUGUCCGCCCAAAGAAAAUUGUCUUGGAUUUCCAGAAAGGAAAAGCUGUUGGACCUCUUUCAGAAGACUUAAAAUCUGGAGACGUGCAGGAUGGGAACAAGGAUUUUGUUGGGGAACUGUCUGUUACUCUUGUAAAAGCGCAGAAACUUCCAUACAUGUUCUCUGGUAGAACAGAUCCAUAUGUUAUUUUACGAAUGGGUGAUCAAAUUAUCCGCAGUAAGAAGAACAGUCAAACUACUGUGAUUGGGGCUCCUGGUCAGCCAAUCUGGAAUCAGGACUUCCAAUUCCUUGUUUCAAAUCCUAGAGAGCAACUGUUACAAAUUGAAGUCAACGACUGUCUUGGAUUUGCCGAUAUGGUUAUUGGUACCGGAGAGGUUGACCUCGGACCACUGCCAGAUACGGUUCCUACAGACAGAAUUGUUGUUUUGCGAGGCGGUUGGAAUUUGUUCGGAAAGGGAUCUGCUGGAGAAAUACUACUCCGGCUGACAUAUAAAGCAUACGUGGAGGAUGAAGAAGACGAUAAACGCAAUGCAAAACCCAUCCAUGCUGCAGAUGCUUCCGAUGAUGAAAUGUCUGAUUCGGAAGAACCUAGCUCAUUCGUGCAGAAAGACAAGAUUCCUUCUGAUGAUAUCAGCCAAGAGUCAUUUAUGAACGUGCUGUCUGCAUUGAUUUUGAGCGAGGAGUUUCAAGGCAUAGUUUCAUCAGAAGCUGGGAACAAUAAACUAGAUGAUGGUGAACUAAGCGUGCCACCAGUACCAUCGCAGGCUGAGGCCGACUCAAAAUCUCGACCGGAAGAUAUUGGCGAUGGAAGCAUAUCAGAUUUGGAAGUGAAAAAUGCAAACUCUGAUAGAGGUUCUAUUGAUGAUGGAGGGUUAGCAUUAUUGUGGUUCGGUGUAAUCACUUCUGUACUGGUGCUUGUUGCUAUCAACAUGGGCGGCUCAAGUUUCUUCAACCCGUAA